CGAUCGAGUGUUGGCGCCAGCAUUAUAUCGUGGGAAUAUCUCGGAGCUGGUUGUAUUUCACGAGACAUCUGAAUCACUGGACAUCCCUUCUAUUGUACUACUUCAGAUAUACCUACUUACACAAAUGUUCACCAAUCAGUUUUUCGAACACAACCUCUGACUGUUAUUGAGCCCUCGUAGUACAGUAUUACCACACUAUAGCGAAUUUGUGCGUAUGGGUGACGUAUUUACUGAAUCGAGUCUCCUUAUCACGUCCUUAAUGGUCCCGGAUCAAAGCAAACCGAUCACUCUCAAACUAAACAGCGUGGCAAGACAAUCAAGUCGAUACUCAGCCAGAGAUCCAAGAUUAAGACGAUAAACCAAACAAAACUAGCAAAUACCAGUAUUAUUCGUCAUAAUCUAGCAUAUGAGUUAUAAAAAUGGAGUCGCAGAAGGAUAGUCCAAGUGUAAUCCUAAGAAAUAGAACCCCACGGGAUAAAACGAAGACCCAAGAAGCAGUACGAGAAUCGUUGUUGACUGAUUCAACAUCAGGAAUCGUUAAAGGUGAUGACGACACAACCAGCAUCGAUUCUUUCUCAAGUCCAGAAUUAGACAUUAGUCGUAAAGAAUCUAUAUUAAAUUUCAAAACUGAAGAAGUAUAUAAAAGCGUUCAGUACGAGGAAGAUUUUGAUGGAAUCAAACUUGACAGUGCAAAUAAUAAUAUGAAAAAAACUAAUGGAUGUCUGCCUGUGACAAAUCAUGCAUUCGAAGCAAUUGAAGUUGGAAAAGUUAUAGAAGACCAAACACAUAUAACAAACGAUGAUAAAAAAGUUACCAUACCAGAUGGAGGAUGGGGUUGGAUAGUAGUGCUUUCUUCUUUCGUAAUAUCUAUGAUUGCAGAUGGAAUCAGUUUCUCAUUUGGUCUGCUGUACAUUGAAUUUCUGGAUGAAUUCCAAGCUAGUAAGUCUACUACUGCUUGGAUAGGCAGUCUAUUUAUCGCCGUUCCACUUCUAUCUGGCCCUGUGAUGAGUGCUUUAGUUGACCGAUAUGGAUGCCGAAGUAUGACCAUUUUGGGAGGCAUAAUUUCAACUAUAGGCUUUGUUCUUGCUUCAAUCUCAACUACAUUAGAAAUGAUGAUGAUAACAUUUGGUGUGAUUGCUGGAUUAGGACUUGGACUUGUAUAUGUAACUGCAGUUGUUUCUAUUGCUUAUUGGUUUGAGAAGAAAAGGAAUCUCGCUGUCGGUUUAGGGGCUUGUGGUACUGGCGUCGGAACGUUUGUUUAUGCUCCAAUGACACAGUAUUUCAUUGAAGAAUUUGGGUGGCGAGGAACAAUACUUUUGCUAUCUGGCACGUUGCUAAAUUUAUGCGUGUGUGGUUGUGUUAUGCGAGACCCUGAAUGGUGGAUUUUGGAGCAAAAGAAACAAAGAAAUUCCAAAGAUGAUGAUAAGAAUGAUAAAUAUAGUAAAGAAGAUGCCAAAUCUAAACAAUCAAGCUCUGUAUCUAUUGCCAAUGGAUGUUAUGAUAAUGAAACUCUUACACGCGGAAAGAACAUGAAAAGAUUAAUUACUAAGGGAUUGUCACCGGAACAGGUGAUAAAGGAUGAAGUAACUAGUAUUCGAAGGUGUGAAAAUGUAGGUUUAGUGACCAAACAGAGUAAGCGACUCUCUGAAUCGUUAGUAACUAUACCGACUUACCUCACUUACGAUGAUAAGGUUUCGAAAAAUAUUCUGGAUACCCUAGUAAAUAACGCAAGUCCAGACAAUACAGAAAUUAAAGUUCCGUCGUUUAAAAUAAACUCUUUAGAAGAAAAAGAUGCUGAAAACAGUCCGCCUAUAGUCAAAUUUACAAAUGAUGCUUUACAGAGAACGCACUCUGAAAGAUUUGAUGAUUCUAAGGAAAAGAUGCUGGAGAACUGUCAAUUGAAACAUCCGAAGUUAGAUGAGAUAAGUAAAUCUUUAGCUGAAACAAAAGAAAACAAACCAUUAAUAAAACAAGAUAGUAAGGAGAGCAGAAAGGAUUGGUUUAAGAAACAGCUGUCUGUAAACCAUCAUUACUUAAAGGAUUUGAAAAUGCCGUUGAAUUCAAUAAGUCAUAGAAACGCGAUGCUAAAUAUAAAACGAUAUAAACUAAAAGCUUCUUCAUGUCCGGACAUUUUUAAGAAUUCUAUGAUAACAGUGAAUGAACAAGAAGAGAAUUGGUACGACGACUGCGUCAGCUGCCUCGCUGACAUGUUCAACGUCUCCCUCUUCAAGAAGGCCACCUUCAACCUGCUCUGCUUCGGCACUAUCAUCAUAUUCGUGUGGUUCAUCGUGCCAUACUUCUAUCUCGCUGAGCAUAUGAUACAAGAGGGAUACACUGAGGAUGAUGGCGCCUUUAUGUUGAGUUUGAUUGGCAUUACUAAUACUAUUGGAAUGGUAUCCCUCGGUUGGAUAGGUGACUUCCCAAACAUCUCUAUCAGCAACCUCUACGCAGUGUGCCUAAUCCUCUGCGGAGCUUCCGUAGCAGCCAUACCCCAAGCUGCGUCAAGCUAUUGGAUUCUCGCCUCUAUUUGUGCAGCGUUUGGGUUGCUUUUCGCUGCAUCGUUUACAUUCACGCCAAGCUUGUUGGUGACGCUGGUGUCUUUGGAUGAUUUUACGACGGCAUAUGGAUUGGUUUUAUUGGCGCAGGGAAUUGGACAUUUGAUUGGGCCACCUUUGUCAGGUCUCAUUUUCGAUGUGACUGCGUCCUGGGAACUAUCAUUCUACCUCGCCGGGGGCUGGAUCGUGGUGGCCGGGGUGCUGAUAGCCUUCAUCCAUCCCGUCAAGAAGUACCAGCAGAAGAGAGCGGCUGAGGCGGAGAGUGACUCCAGCAUGGCUUAAAGAUCCUUCAUCGAGUACCUGUCACGAUGAAGCCUAGUCACUAGUGAAGUAGUGGCACAUUUUGACUUCCUGAUUGAGAGGGCCGGCCCCUGGGUUGGAAUCCCAGGCACGCACCUCGAAUUUUUCGAAACAUGAAACCUGCAUUUUUUUAAUUUAACUAGGGCUUGGCUGCAAUCAGACCUGCUAGCAAGUGAUG